AUGGCAUCAGGCGUUCCUCUUGUGGAUAUGGCAUCCUUAGUGCGUGCAGCAAGAACCCUGUGCAGAAACAGUCAUAGCGUUCGUCAGAUUGCUACAAGUGCGGUUCUUGCCGGUGGUCAUGAUGAUAUCAUGGAGAAAUGGCCUCCAGAAAAAUUCGACAAACAUUUCAUCGAUUAUUUCAAUCGACCUGAGAUCGAUGGUUGGGAAGUGCGUAAAGCGCUAUCAGAAUUACACGAUUAUGAUGUAAUCCCAGACCCUAAAGUGGUUGAAGCAGCACUGCGCGCAUGCCGACGAGUUAAUGAUUAUGCGUUGUGUGUCCGUUUUCUUGAAGCAAUUAAAAUCAAGUGCGGAUCGAAAAAGAACCGUAAAGUGGUUUAUGGUUACAUCAUUGACCAGAUAAAACCUUUAUUGGAUGAGUUGGGAAUCUCAACUCCAGAGGAUCUUGGCUACGACGAGCCUGAAUUGUUUAUUCCACAACCUGACUAUUGGUGGGAGAGGAAAUGGUACAAGGAGUAUGGCUACGAUAAGAAACCUGGAUACGAAUUUUGA